AUGGGCGAGCACAACCUCCUUAAUCCCGGCUUUGUGGGACCUCUGGUGAACAUCCACACGGGAGACACCUUCUACUUCCCAAAUCCCUCCCUGGGUAGCCCCGUCUCCAUUAACCCUUCCUUCGGCAGAGCCUGCGACCUCGCCCGGGUGGAGGAACCCAAAUGUUAUUAUCGGGAAAGCUGCUCCGAAACCCCCGGGCUCAAGAGGGAGGAGAGGGGAAGGGACGGUGCUUUGUUACCCCUCGAAUCCAGCCUUCCCAAUGGCAUGGGGGGCAAUUUCGGCAAAUAUGACUACCCGAGCAGCGAGGCGGUAGCCCACGACCCUCCGUCCUGCCAAUCCUUGGAGUCA